AUGGCGACAAGCAAUUGCAAGUACGACUGGUUCCAAACCGAAACCCACGUGACGCUGACGAUCCUGAAGCGGGGCGUCGCACUCGAAGCUUGUAAAGCAUUGCUGGACCCUGAGCGCAACACGCUGACAAUCACCGUGGAAGGGGAUGCUAUAUGGGGCGGAACGCUGGUCGCGCCCGUCGAUUCCAGCAAGUUUGUCGUCAAAUGCACGCCGGCGAAGGUCGAAAUCAGCAUGCCCAAGACAACAACAGGCCGAUGGCCAGCGCUCGUCCAGGUAGAAGAUGCACCCGCCGCCAGCUCGCAAGCGCCGAAGAAGAAUUGGGAUGCCAUUGAAAAGGAAGCUGAACGCGAAGAAGAAGAGGCAACCGGCGAGGCGGCCGUCGACAAAAUGUUCAAGAACAUCUACUCGAACGCGAACGAUGACGUGCGAAGGGCCAUGAUGAAGAGCUACAGUGAAUCGAACGGUACCGUCUUGUCGACAAACUGGGACGAGAUCAGCAAGCAGAAGACUGAAACUAAAAGGAAUAGUUCAAGAUGGGCGCCACAACUUCAGCAGUCAAGGAGCAAGAGCCGCCGCUCGCCCCGCCAGAGCUCCAGCAUCUUCAGCCGCUUGCCCUACCCGCAGCCCCUCAACAACACGUUCAGCUGUGCGCCA